AUGGUUGAAGUGGUAUUUAACAGUGCUAAAGAGGAUGGUGUUUAUACCAUCGAUCCUGAUGGCCUGGGGUCGUUUCCAGUCAGAUGUGAUAUGAGCACAGGCGGGAGUGGUUGGACUGUGUUCCAAAGAAGACAAGAUGGAAGUCAAGAUUUCUUCCUUGGGUGGUCAGACUAUAAAGCUGGCUUUGGUAAUUUGAGUGGCGAGUUCUGGUUGGGCCUCGAGAAAAUUCAUCGUUUGUCCAAAUCUAGCCAAAAUGUUCUAAGGGUUGAUUUGAUGGAUUUCAAUGGCACUGAACGUUACGCUGAAUAUGGGACGUUUAGUGUGGCUGAUGAAUCAGACAAAUACAGAUUAAAUAUUGGAAAUUAUUCAGGUGACGCAGGCGAUUCUCUUGCUUAUCACAAUGAAAUGCAGUUCACUACCAAAGAUAGCGACAAUGACGUUUGGGAGAAAAAAAAUUGCGCCACAAGGCGCAAAGGAGCUUGGUGGUACAAAGAUUGUCAGCGUGCCAACCUCAAUGGCCUGUACCUGGGUGCAGGUCAAAUAAACAAAACGGGAACAUUAUGGAAGGAGUGGCAGUACUACUCGUUGAAAAAGGCGGAGAUGAAAAUUCGUCCGAGCCACUUUAAGAUUUUUGCACCAUAA